UACGACCUUCUAGAUUUGCGAGUGAGAUUAGUGAAAUACAGAAGGAAAUUUCUUGCCCUGGUUCGACGGUGUAGUAGCUUUUUACAGAACAAAGCGAGAGUCGUGCGCUUAAGGACAGACGAUUGCGAGAAUCAGUUAUAGCAAGUAACAUAAUCCACACGGCAAAAAAGAAUCCGUUGACGAAAAGAAUAAAUCACUCCAGACAAUCAAAAGGUUCCUUGGGGAGUAAAGAAGGAGGAGAAGACAGGAAGAAAGAAGAUCCUCAAAUAGCAAGAACAUGCGGCUUCUGCUUUUGGUGACUUUCUCGUUAUGUGCAAGCCGAUUUUCUACUGCACAGAGCCCGUACAAUUGCCGAAUUUCAUGUCCUACUCAUAAUGUAAACGAAGUUUGUGGAACAGACAUGAAAACGUAUGCAAGCCGCUGCCAUCUCCAGCAAGAAAAGUGUCGAGGACACAAAGUCCGUAUGAUUCAUAAAGGAAGAUGUCCAUCAUCGCAAUCCCCGUGUGCCGAGGCGCGACAAGGCGCCAUGAUGGCAAUGAAGAAGAGACAGUUGUUAAAUCUAGGAUUUGUACCUAGAUGUAACCCUGAUGGGAGUUUCAAUGCAGUGCAGUGUAUGAAAACAGCAAGUGUUUGUUGGUGUGUUGAUAAUAUCGGUAAAGAAAUCUCAGGAACAAGAACCAGGAACGGAUCACCAGUUUGCCCUUCUCCAUCCCCAAGAGGUUCUGGCCGACCACACUGGAAGCAAAGACGGAUGAAUUAUAAAGGCUGUCCAAAAAAUGUCCGCGUCACUUUCAACAAAAAGGUCAUUGGUUUGCUUGAGAGGCAGUUUAUAGCGUACAUGACUGGAAAAUCAGCGUCUGCACGAAUCCAAGGUAUAGGAAAAGUGCAUACUCUAAUGUGGAAAUUUAACCAGUUAGACAAGAACGCCAAUUACUUCCUGGAUUUUAGAGAACUUCACGAUUUGCUUCGAACAACAAAGAAGACUAUUUACCCAAAGAAAUGCAGCAAGACGUUUGUAGUUUACUGCGAUGAAAAUGCAGACAAUAGACUAUCACGUAACGAGUGGUAUGCUUGCUUUGGAGUUCAAGAAAUUAAGAAGUGUAUUGGAGAGUAUCUGACAGCGGUCAAGCUAUCUCAGCAUUCGCCUUCAGGUAGUCAUUUUCUGCCAAAAUGUCAAAGCGAUGGAUCAUAUUAUCCUACGCAAUGUCACCCGGCCAUUGGCUACUGUUGGUGCGCUGAUGUCGACACAGGGAAACCAAUUCCAGGCUCAACAGAGAAAACAUCCUCUCUUGAUUGUAGAAAAUACGGUAAUAGAAGAGGGGGAUCAAGUCCUCGUAAAAAGGGAGGCAGGAAAGAAUGUACCAGAGAAAUUCUACCAACAUUCGCACGACAAUUGCUUCAGUUGUUUAGAAAAGAAGUGACAGCGAAACAGAUUGAUGAUAAAGCAUUAGUGGGAGACAUGGAUGAAAGUCUAAUAAGAAUUCAACGGAAGGCACGCUCAGGACAUCUCAACUUAUGGGGUGCGUUCCUAUCAAACAACCAAGUCCUUGCAUGGAAAUUUCACCAGCUGGAUGCAAACAACAAUCGUCUUUUAACGUCUUCGGAGUAUUUUGUAUCAAAAAUGAAGAAAGCACUUGGGAAAAUAAAACGUGGGCGAAGGUGCAGUAGAAAGCUUUUAAAUGAAUGCGACUUUGAUAAAAAUGGAGGUUUAUCAGUUGGCGAAUGGAGUUACUGUUUGCUUAAUAAGUUCUUACGAACAAGAUAACUUGAUUUGGAAUCACUCUUGUGAACCUUCACAUGUGCGCCCAGGACUACACCUACUGAGCAGUUCCCCCGACUCAGGUCUUGUUUUUACAGACACGACUUGCGACACAGUCUGACGCUCUUGGAAAACAAGGAAUUAUGAGAAAUUGAAGUAACGAAGAAAACAAAUAUGGGAGCAAAUAUAAUACACAUACAUACAUGUACAUUUAUAUGUACAAUAAUAUGCAGUCAUCACUGGGACUUUGAACUAGUGCUCACUCUUUCUCCUUAUCAUAACACAGGAAACCCAUAAGCCUGGGCAGGCUUACAUUGUUCAGUUCAAGUCAUGCGAUUUUGCGUUGAAGACAAAACUCUAACUGCGAACAAUUUGAUUAUUCUUCGUUUUUUUUAAUCAAGUAAUUGGAAUCCUGAUUUAUUUUAAAAGCAGUAAAUUUAUUUAAACUCUGAAAAUUUGAGGCAGACACUGUAUCAAGGUGACUUUGACUUGAAAAGGCACCCAAUGUUGUGCAGCUGUCAUAGUGAGCUUUUCAAUUUCAUGGAAGGACAGGAAAGUGUGCGUCAUGCAUUGAAUGAAACUAGGGUAUGUCUUCUUCCCUGUUUGAAAUGCUUGCUAUGUAAGCUACAUGUAUUGUUCAAUCUACUUACCAAAAAUAUACAUAGCAUGGUACUUCCACAUGUAAUAAAAUGAGUCAUAAUAUUUACAAUCUAACAUUAAAUAUAAAGUUUGGAUAAAAAUUUAUAUUAUAGAAUUACUUAUUUGAUUGUUGUAAUGUCAUUUAUGGAUGUACAGCUGACAUUCUUUGCUUCAUCAAUAAUAUUAAAAAAAAGAAAAAGAAAAAAAGAAGCAAAGAAAAAAUGAAAAAUACAAAGGAGAAAGUGACCAGAAAGAAAGAAAAAAAAUUGUUGUUGAAAAUGUGGAUUAUACUUCCUCAGAAAUCUCUCAUUCCAAUUUACUACACUAUUGUAGUAUUGAUUCUAAGUAUAUAAAUUAUUAAGAAUUAUCAUUGUCAUCAUUUGUACUUGUAGUUAGAUUUCUUCCUGGAUGUGAAUGAAGAGCCAUCAAUAAUUCAAGCUGUUUAUGAAUACCAUUUGAUCUGAAAAUGAUCACAAACAUA